UGGUUGCUAGAGAAGAUCUAACAUCAAUAAAAGGCUAUGUUCAAAUGUCAGAGGGCAACUGAGAAUACUGCUUGGAGGACAGCACCUGAAGCAAAACAAUUUUCACCACUUCAAGGUCUGUAUUUUUGCCUUCAUAUUCAAACAUGAUAUAUUAUUUAAUAAUUUGGUUAGCAGCAAAUAAUCUAGAUAACGUACCUAGUACAGUAGCCCCAGUAGUUUAGCAACACUAAUCACGUUUGUGGUCUGUCUGUCAAUAUUCCAGAUUGCAAAAUGAAGCUUCUUAUUUUUUAGCCUUCAUGGUCACCAUCUUCAAUGUCAAUGCUGGCAAGAAACUGAGACUGCUGGCAGGUCUAAAUGGUGGAGUUGUGUCUGGGGUUAACCCUGGACUGGUGGUGGGGGGCCUGAACCCUGGCGUCCUCCCUGGUGGCACUGGGUUGAUUGGGCAGCCUCAGUUUGCCCAGAUGGUCCCAGGUGUCCCCACGUAUGUCAUGCAACCCCAAGCUGUUCCCAAUGGUCCAUAUGGUUUCCCCAAUGUUGGGAUGCUGCAGCCUCAACUGUUCCCUAACUUCCCUGGGCAGUACCAGUAUCCUGCCCCACCAGCUAAUGGGCUGCCUUACUACAUGGGUGUCCCUCAAAUGGCAGGAAUGAAUCCUCCACAACAGCAAGUCAUGGUGCAGGUGGGAUUCCCAUGAUGCAACAGCAGCAACCACAGCAGGGUCCUUCACAAGCAGAGCUCGUGAGAAGAUUCAAGCGCUUUCUGAUGAGGAGGAAAUGAAACACCAUGAAACCUGAGUUGGACAUUCAGAUUUCAACUGAGACAACCACAACUCCGUCCCCAACUACUUGUUAAGACAAUAUUCAAGUUUAGAGUCGACAAAUUUGAGAGGAACAAGGUGUCUGCUGUUAGAACAUGGACACAGGGGAAUUUUACCAAGUCGUCCACAGCACUUUAAGUUAAUCAUAUCAGACACGCUAGCGGUUAAGAGCUUUGGGCCAUUAAC